CCUGAGAAAACUGAGUCUCACCUGUCUCUGUCUCUCCUCAGUCUCCCUUCUCCCCUCUCUCAGCUGUCUCUCCUCUCUCACCUUUCUCUCUUCUCUCACCCGUCUCUCCUCUCUCACCGGUCUCACCUGACCCAUCUCUCCUCUCUCAGCUCUCUCUCCACUCUCACCUGUCUCACCUGUCUCACCUUCCAGCCGCUCUGAAACAUAAUGGCGCGGUGCGGAGGCAGAGGGGAGUAAGCGGGCACAGUCUGACCUGAGCUGAGCCGCAGUGUGAGGACAUGGAGCCGGUGUACCGGGGUCUCGGUCGCUGCGUGUGCUGUUUCUGGCUCGCGGUAGCCUUUGACAUAUUGGGAAUGGCCGUGCUUCUCAUCGGGGUGUUUGUUAACGUGUUCUUCUACGACCUGCUCAUCUAUGCGGGCGCCAUCAUCAUCUUCCUCAGCCUCAUCUGGUGGGUCUUCUGGUACUCGGGGAACAUCGAGGUCCCCCCGGCUGAGCUGGAGGAUGAUGUUGGGCUCCUGAAGAAGGAGCGGGGCCGUCUGAGCGGCCUCGGCGGGGCGGUGAGGCGCAUCUCCAGCCGCGUGUCAAGCGGCAUCCGGAGCUCGUUCCGCUCGAGCGGGAGAGAGUCCGAUGCCCGUGUGCGCCCCCAGAGUUCGGUGGCCCCACGUACGGAGCAGGUGACCAUAGCUAUGGGAACGAGGAGCACCCAGGAGAGCAGCUCUCGCGCCGCCGUCUCCUCUGUGGGGGGCGGUGACGUAGAGAUGCCGAACACCUCUACCGAGACCUCAGCUACAUGACGGAGGCCCACAGAGAAUGACUCAUCAUUAGUUCCUUCCAGCACUGGACGGAGGAGAGGCUGCCCGGCAUUGCAUGAAGCUGUUGACAUUCAACUUUUACUUUUGUUCAUAAUGAAAAAUUAAUCCUCAGUCAUUUAUAUAUCUAAUGGAAUUGUUAGCUGUUUUUGAGUUGAAGAGGACACAUAAGGCAUUACUAGAGAUAUAAACUGAAUGAAUUUAUACAGUAAAAGUCUAGUCACUGAUAUUAUUAAUAAUUUUUGUAACAGUAUUGAUUAAAGCAUGUGAUUGAAUUGUCAGAUUAUGAUGUUGUAUCCAGUAUUUGUUCUCACGUCUGUUUUGUUAACACACUUCCUGAACAAAUGAAGCCCAACUAACUAACAACACAUCACUGCAGCAUGAGUUAAUAACAACCUAUUUGUUAUUGAAGGAUAAUUCUUGACUGCAGUCUACUGUUGACUGUGUUAUUUUUUUAUAAAUUUGAAUUGGCCCAACCUAAUGAACACUGGCAUAUUUAACUUAUUCAACCUUGACUUAACGUUUACUUAGAUUCUGCUUCCAACUAUGACAACAUGUCAAAGAAGUUGUUAGUGUGGCAUAAUUUUCUUCAGAUAAUCUAAAGUGGAGCAUUACUGAGUUUUUUUCCGUCUUUGUCGUCUUGAAACUCCUCUGUUUGUGCAGUGUGUGUCUGUAUUUAGUUGUGUUGUGUCUAUUUGUAGGUUUGAUAACAGUGAUAAUUUUUUUACUAUCGUGCUGUGCUUUGUCUAUUUGAGUCUAUUUUCUUAAGUUGCACUGCACUGAGCUCUCAGGGCCACCAUACCCAAGGUUUUUUCCUCCACCGAGGAGGUUAUGCUUUCCCUCCUCUCUUUUUAUUAGUUGAUUUGUUUAUAAAUCUUCCGCACAAUUCUCCAGACAAAUAUUCCCAAACAUUUUAUACAGCCUUUAUACAGUUUUACCCGUAUUUUAAUCCUGAUGAUCAGAUAAGGACUAAUUGUUCAUCCCGACUGCAUUCAGGAAAUCUAGAGAGAAAGUGAUUGAUCCAAACUUUCUUCAUGUGAAUGUAAACAGAAACAUUUCCUUCAGCUUUUAUAACUUCCUGGUCACAAUAGUGUAGCACACUUCUCUCAGGCUUAUAUUUAAGUAUCCAAUUCCAGCUCUGGAUCCACUGAGUCAGAGUGAAAGUAACUCAGAAUCAUGCUACUUUUCAUACACCUGAUUUUCUCUUCCAAACUAAUGAGCUGCUUAGAAGAUGAAUGUGCAGGGUUUAUAGUAAGCAGGAUAAAGAGUUAACCCAAUAUUCAGGUAGCAGUUAAUAACAGCAGUAAAUGGGUUUAGACAAAAUAAGAAAAUAAGAACAAGUGUGACCUGGAGACUGUUGGUUUCAGUGAGCAGACUACUGAUGUGGAAAAAUAGGUGCAGUUGGUGACAGGCCUCCUUGUUCCCACCCAUGUUGAUAACAAGCCUCAGUGUCUAACCUUUGGAACCGGCUGUCUUUAUUAUACAGCUGUUUCCUCUAACUGCUCCAAAUACAUAGUUCCCACUAUCACUAAUUUCUAUGAUCAAGUACACUGCAAAGAGGUCUGUUCAACCUGCAACCACCAUGUUGAAGGUGGGAUUAGCAUAAUUACUGUGACAAUUUAUAUGAUUUGCUCCAGACUGUUAAAAGUAGUUAAUUUACUUAAUUUACCUAGCACUCUGAGAGAAUAGUACAUAAAAUGUGACAUCAUAUCAGUGGCCCAAAGAGAAAAGUAAAUAGCUGAGAUAUGGUAAUACACUGACUACUAUUGCAGAAAACUGACCCACAACUCCUCUCUGACUUCUAAAAAUAAAAUAAUAUGGCCUACAUACUGAGAAAAUGUCGUUCUCUCAGUGUUGUCAACUUAAAAUCUAAUUUCAAUAAAUGUGAUGACUUUUAUUUACUCAUCAUUAUACAAGACAAUUUCAGUAUCACACUGCUCCUCGUUAUGGUCCAUUUGUCUCCAAGGAAAAAAAUAAAGAAAAGUUACCUCUUACCCAAAAUUUACCGUAAAAAUACAAUCUUGCUUUAUUCAACAUUAUAUUUAUUUGAUCUAAAUUUAUAUAAUUUUAAUGAGUUUUAAGUAACGGUAGCCCUUUUUUAAGAUCAUUUCAAUAAAACAAAGUCAAAUUUUUAUCAUAAUAGGGGUCAAAUCCAAAAUAUUAAAUACAUUUAUAAUCUUUUUAUUGUUUUAUUAACCCCCACAUACCAAGAAAUCUUUAAAAUCUCACAACCAUGAUAAAUAUGACAUCAUUGCUAUAAUGUUGUGUUGCCAUCAUGACUGCAUUACCAGUGUUAUACAGUAUAUGCCAGUGCUAUCAAUAUCUCUUUUAUGCUAUAAACUUGACAUAUGCUAGUUUCAGACUUGCAUAAUACAUCAUGAUAGCGUAAUACGCAUAAUAAGCCACCAAGUGUUAAAUGCUUUGAUUGGACACUGUAAGACUAAAUAAAUGCAAUCCAUCAACCAUUA